AUAUACUUCCUGACCUUGCUCCCUGUCAUCUAUGCAACAUGCCCGCAAACUGUGCAACAAUUGUUUUGUUUUGGUUUGGUUUGUUUUUUUUGUUAGGCAUGUGUAUCGUUUUAAAUUAUGUAUCGCGAAGCAAAUCAAUAAAAUGGUGCUAACGUGAGGAAGGAGAACCCACCAGGGCUUUGGAUCUGAGUGGUGCUGUCAUUGACUUUGCUGAGCGCAAGGACUGAAAGAUGAAACUGUUGCAGAUAAUGAGGGUUUGGAGUGCUCUGCCGAAGGUUACCGCGAUGGUCCUGUCGUUGAUCUUCAUCACAUUUUUAUCAGGUGUCUGUCCCGAAGAAAUAUGUGUCAAAGAAGGUGAAAUCGUGGCAAAGUUCUUCAACGGGUGUAAUCAUAGUGAAACACUCUGGAGAAGUUUGACCAUGCAGGGGAUGCAUCUACACAACAACACGCCAGCAGCUGAGCACAGGCAGAUGGGGGUGAUGGUUCAACGGGGAAUCCUUGUGAUUCUCAAUGCCUCUGAGAAACAUGAGGGAAACUACUCAUGCUCUUUCAAGAAUUCCAGCAGACGGUCCUGGAUAAGCCUCAAAGUAUACACAGCGCAGCCCAGAGAGUGUGAACAAAUGAACCAGAUCUCCAGAGAAUGUUACACAGAGGAGUCCUACAGGUUGUACUGCCCUGAAAAAAAUGUUCCCUUUAACACCCUGAAUAUCACCACAAGUAGCAUCACAUGGCACAAGGAGGGCGGGUCAUCACUAAAAGACGGUUACUUCUCAAGUGUGAAAAAAGAGGACAGUGGCAUCUAUACCUGCACCCGGUCUUACCUGUAUGAUGGUCAAAUAUAUAACAUGACCUCUACGGUGAAACUUGAUGUCCAACCAAACAAAAUAACUAAGAAAGCAGUGAUAAUUUCACCAGAGAACAACCAGGUAUUUGAGGUAGAUUUAGGCUCAACAGUGGUGAUUGAUUGUAAAGCAGUUAUGAUGUCAGACUUUGAUGACUCAUUUUGGUUAAGUGGAAGUUCAUUUGUGAAAAAAGACACUAGUCUACCAGUUUUCUAUAAUGAUACAUGGGUCAACAGCAGAGAGGAAAUCAUCAAGACAACAUCUCUAAUCUUCAGAAAAGUGUCAGAGGAGGAUCUGUCAAAAAAUUAUACCUGCAAACUGCAAUCUGCCUACCAAACAAGCUUUGUCACCAUCACCCUAAAACAAAAAGCUUCCCGUUCGUACACGUCUCUGGGUGUCUGCUUUGUCAUCAUUGUUGUGGUGAUGUUUGUGACUGUAGUUACCUAUGUGAAGUUUAAGGUUGACAUCACCCUUUUCCUAAGAGACACUCUUAAGUGGUCUGGCAGCAUUUCAGAUGGAAAAUCCUAUGAUGCUUUUUUAAUGUGUUAUAAAUGCGACACGGCUGGAGGAUUAAAUGCUAGCGACAAAAGAUGGCUGGAGAGUGUUUUGGAAGAGAAAUUUGGUUACAGUCUCUGUCUUUAUGAUCGUGACGUCUUACCAGGGAAAGCAAUCGCAGAUGCUGUGUUAGACUGCGUAGAGCAGAGCCGGGCGGUAGUUUUGGUUCCCGUCUCUCCAGACCCUGAUCCAGAAUCUGGCCUGCUGAGUGCGAUCCACGAAGCCCUUGUGGAGCGGCAGACUCGCUUGGUUUUCAUCACCACUGAGACAUCAAUGGCUUCAAAAUCGGAUUCCUUUCCAGAGGCUUUACAGCUUCUUAGUAAGGCUGGAAACUGCGUCACCUGGAAGGGCAUAAGCUCCAUGCCGACUUCCUCCUCCUUCUGGAAGCAGCUACGAUAUUACCUCCCUGCACCACAGCAGGCACCAACAGUGAAGCUUUUACCACUGACAGUCCAGGAUGUUACUUCAUGAUAAAAUGUUUAGCCAAGUCAGAAUUAAUAACUUCUAUCUGGUCUUAACAUAUGAGUAAGUUUACACACAUCACCAACAGCUUAUAUUUUGGGUUUGAGACAAAUUCAUAUUUAUGUAUAUAUUUUUUUUUAAUUUACCAUUGUUAUUUUAUUCUAUUUAAUUAAUUUUAUUCCUGUUUUUGCAAACAUUUCUUCUGUACAGUAUGACAAUACCAACAAUUGUUUUAGUAAGCUACAGAGUUUAAAUGAAUGAAGUUAAUGUGUAAAAUUGCUUCAUCUUGUUGUGUUAUUAGGCUCUUUAAAUCAGCCUUUAGGCUGUUCUUCCUGAUGAGUUCGGUCCAAGUACUGUUUUCAUAAUGUUUCAAUGAAUGUAAAUCCUAGUUUUCAUCAUACGAUACUUGAACUUUUCUCAUUUAUUAUUAUCAGUUUCAUAUCAUCCUACUUUUUGUCCAGUUUUUAUCAUCCUCGCUUGUACGUACUGCUUGCACUUACUGAAACAUAAAAUGUGAUAGCGUCAUGCCUUUUGGCCAAAUUUGUUCAAAGCACAUUUCAUCUUAUAUAUUAAUAAAAUUGAAAUAAAGAUAUUUUAUCCUA